CAUAGCUAAUGCAAGUUACAGUUCGGAUAAAGGGAACCCAGUGGCAGUUGUCGCAUGCAGCAGUCCUGUGCGGUCCCCUGUGCAGAGCUGUCCCCUUGGUGUCCCCAGGAGGGGGGAAGCCUUAUUAAAGGUGUGUGACGUCACGCCGGGAUUCCUGCUCAGCCCUGGAAAAGGCAGCACAAGUUUUGCCCGUGUGCACGGUGCCCAGUGUGAGGAUUAGAGAUCGGACCCUGGCAGCCUCCUCCGCUGUCAUCGCACAUCGCUGCCUUCUCUUCUAUCCUCCAGGGAGCACCAUGUUGAUGGGUGACUGCAUCUCUCAAUGAAAUCCGAUGUGCUUCUUUCAUUGCUGGAGGAGAAGAGAGCUGGGAUAGCACUUGUAGCAGUGUCUAUGGAAUGGCUGGAGAGGAGAUGAGCCCUGGGGAGUGAGAAGCACCUAAUGAAUGAACAUUCUGUAUAAUAUUCCAUUCUAUUCCCAUGUGAUUUCGUAUGCAUUGUGGAGACUUUUCAGCGAUGUAACCCACAUUUCCCCAUACAGAGAAGAAAUUCUUACAUACUGGGCACUUCUUGGAUCGCUCAUCUUCUUUUUAUACCCACAUGAUGAUGAUGGGCACCAGCUUUGAGGAGCUGAGCAGGAACGGGUCAGACUGCAGUGAAGAGGUUGAGGUCAUAGUCAAUGUUGGAGGCAUCAGGCAGAUCCUCUAUGGAGACAUCCUAAACAGGUACCCAGAAACCAGACUGGCAGAGCUGAUCAGCUGCUUGGCAGGAGGGUAUGAUGCUAUCUUCUCUUUGUGUGAUGACUAUGACCCUGGCAAGAGGGAAUUUUACUUUGACAGAGACCCUGAUGCCUUCAAAUGUAUAAUAGAGGUGUAUUACUAUGGAGAGGUCCACAUGAAAAAAGGGAUAUGUCCCAUUUGUUUUAAGAAUGAGAUGGAGUUCUGGAAAGUGGACUUGUCUUUUCUGGAUGAGUGCUGUAAGAGCCACCUAAGUGAGAAGAAGGAGGAACUGGAGGAGAUAGCAAAGAGGGUGCAGACCAUCCUGGAUGACCUAGGGGUUGACACCACCGAGAGCCGCUGGAAGAGGUUUCAGAAAUAUGUCUGGAAGUUCAUGGAGAAACCAGAAUCCUCUUUUCCUGCCAGGGUCACAGCUGUGCUCUCCUUCCUAUUCAUCCUGACUUCGUCAGUGGUAAUGUGUGUAGGGACCAUUCCUGAAAUGCAGGUGGAAGAUGAAGAAGGGAACCACCUAGAGCACCCUGUUCUAGACAACAUAGAGACAGCAUGCAUUGGCUGGUUUACCCUGGAAUAUCUUCUAAGACUUUUGUCUUCCCCCAACAAGUUACACUUUACUUUUUCCUUUAUGAAUAUCAUUGAUGUGCUGGCCAUCCUCCCAUUCUAUGUCAGCCUUACUCUGACCCAUCUAGGGGCACGCAUGAUGGAGUUGACUAAUGUCCAGCAGGCUGUCCAGGCCCUCAGGAUCAUGAGGAUUGCCAGGAUUUUUAAGCUGGCCCGCCAUUCCUCUGGGCUGCAGACCCUAACUUAUGCCCUCAAGAGCAGUUUCAAAGAGUUGGGUCUACUGUUGAUGUACCUUGCAGUAGGGAUCUUUGUAUUUUCAGCCCUGGGAUACACCAUGGAACAGAGUCACCCAGAUACCUUGUUCAAAAGCAUCCCUCAGUCUUUCUGGUGGGCCAUUAUCACUAUGACCACAGUGGGCUAUGGUGACAUAUAUCCCAAAACCACUCUAGGCAAACUAAACGCAGCCACAAGUUUUCUUUGUGGGGUAAUCGCUAUUGCCCUCCCAAUUCACCCUAUUAUAAACAAUUUUGUAAAGUAUUACAACAAGCAGAGGGUUUUAGAGACCGCCACCAAGCAUGAACUAGAGCUGAUGGAACUACACUCUGGAGGUCAUGACCUCCGAGGGUUCAGACGUGACACUGGAGGUUCUGAGGACAUGUAUAUGUGGAGCCACCUUAAAGGCUCCCAUAGUGACACAUUCAUCCCUGCCUUAUCGAAGGAGAAACAUUACAGAACAAGACUUCAGAGCUGCAAGUAAAAUCUCAGAUGCUACUUAGCACUCCUAACAUCCCAUAGUGCUUGGUAACUACAGUACAUUGCCGCAACAUCUGCACCUACCUAGUAGCAGUAGGUGGCUUUUGAAGACAUCUAUUUAGUAUGUAUGUCAUGUGUGUUGCUAUUAAAAUAGAACAUAAGGUUCUGUGCUGUAAAAUGGACUUUUGAACAUCUCCUUCCUAUGUGCCAGUUACGUGGUAUGUACCAACCUGUCUGUGAUAUAAACUUAAAACAAUUGGCAAAAAGCCAGCAUUACUUAUGAGCCUCAAAAUAUUUCAUACAGUACUUUAAUGGUGCCAUAUUCAUGUUUACAUAGUAAUAAAUUAAAACAAUUCAA